ACGAUUGUUUUCGAAGAUCCUAUAGUAAUACACUUCCAAACAAAAUUUCUCUAUUCUAUGUAGGUUUUUGAAACAAAUCCGACCUGUAAUAAGAAAAUAGAUUUUGAACGGCGAUUAUAUAUUUUUACUUUUAAGCAUUCAUUUAACAUGUAUUAAGUUCAACGAAGCUGAUUAACGUUGCGUAGAAGAACGUCCACGUCUUCUGCUCACGUGGUAUAAAAUUAUUGGUAUUUGGACACAAUUGGGGUUAAGCAAGGAACUGCAAAUUUUAUAUGUGCACUGUCAACCUCGCAAAGAACAAAAAAUACAAAUUUCUUUAAAAUUAAUUACAUAUAUCAUAUUGUUUCUGACACAUACAUUGGAAGAAAUACGUUUUAACCACCACAGCUGUAUCACAAAAAGCAAAUGAGUUAACGUUGAUAUAUCGCUAUCGUCAUAAAUCUGUAGAUAUCAAGUAUAUAUAUAUUUCGUUUAAAAAUAUGGUGAAAUAAUUGUAGUUUUAUAAAAAUGUGGAAAUACUGUGGUAUUUAUAAUGUGUUUUGUAUCAUAAUUGUUGUUGUUUAUGGACACGAUUUUAAAAGUUUUGAUGAUACUGUUCUCUUUAAAAUCAAUUGGUCAGGCAAAGCUGGUUCAGAGCUAUUAGAAUCUAGAACAAAUGUGGAACCUUAUUUUAUAACAACUGCAAAUAAUGAGCGGUAUCAGUGUUUAAUAGUUGAUAAUUCAGAACAAGAAAAGAAUCGUAAUGAACCAUACAAUGGACCAAAUCCGGUAGAAAUUUUAUCACCUUUAUUCAAUCAAAAUACUUGUUCUUACAGGCUUGAAUCUUAUUGGUCAUACGAAUUGUGCCAUGGAAGAUAUGUACGUCAAUAUCAUGAGGAUAGGGAUGGAAAGAAAGUAAAAACCCAAGAAUAUUAUUUAGGUACUUUUGAUAAAAGACAAGAGUUGAAGCUUUUGGCUGAAUAUGCAGAGAGAGAAAGAAAUCCUAACAGAAAGGCAGAGAUUCCUGUUAAAAAAGUUGAUGGAAUCAAUAUGCCCUAUGUUGAAAUUGAAAUGGCCGAUGGCACAGCUUGUGAUUUGACAAAUAAACCAAGGAAAAUAAAAGUUUUGUAUGUCUGUUAUCAACAUGGUAAACAUGAAUUAUUUUCACUUGAAGAACCUGCUAGCUGCGAAUAUGAAGUUAUUGUCCUUUCUCCUUGGCUGUGUAGUCAUCCUGAUUAUAAACCGCAAGCUACAGGAGAAAAUGAAAUUAAUUGUCAACCAGUUGGCAAUUCACCAAAAAAACCAAGAUCUCUUGUUGCAAUGGAAAUAGAAAGUUUGAAACUUCGACAUCAGAAAGUAACGGAUGACAAGCUGCAGAAAGUCUAUGCGAUCUUCCAUGUAGAUAAGGAGGGCCAGGAUGGCGAAGCACGAGUUAGAGUUGAAAUACAUCCUGUUGAUGUUAUCGAUAAACAUAAUAUUGAAGAUUCUAUAAAUUCAUUAGCAGAUCAAAGUAUCAGCCCAGCUGAAGUAAGUCCUGUGAAAAAUUUUUUAAGCGGUAAAAAUUGUUUGCACGGUGGCAAUGGAUGGUGGAAAUAUGAAUUCUGUUAUGGACGUUCUGUGGUUCAGUAUCAUAUAGAACGCGAUGGUACAAAAACUAUAGUGAAUCUUGGUAAAUUUGAUAAACAGAAGCAUUUAGAGUGGAUUGCUGCACAUCCACACAAAAAAUCAAAGUCACCGGUACUACGGAAACAACUUAUUCAUUUUUAUAGCGAUGGUACUGUUUGCGAUAAGACUGGCAAUUCAAGACAAACCGAGGUGAAAUUAAAGUGUGUGGAAAGCCAUACGACUAGUCCAUCAAGCAUUUCUCUAUUUUUACUCGAACCAAAAACAUGUGAAUACGUUCUGGGAGUUGAAUCGCCGUUGAUCUGUGAUAUUUUAGAAUACGCCGAUGAGAAUGGACUUCUUAGCGAAAAGUUUGAAGCAAAUUUUGACAAAUUAAAAACAACCGCUUUCCAUGAAUACGAUGAUUUGGACGAAAGGAUAGCAAACGGAGAUGAUUAGAAUAAUUCAAUUAACGAUUACAAAUGUUGUCCAGUAAAAUAAAUUUGAUGAUGAAGGAGACAGUAUUAGAGUGCUGGACACUUGCAUUUAGUUUCAACCAGGUUAGAUGAAACUUUGAUUUUUAGAAUUCAAUGUAUACCAAUAAAUUAACGUUAUACUUCAAAGUCUUGACGCACUUUAAAAUAAUUGUGUAAGCGUAACAGUUGUUCAGAUCUAUCGUAUUCUAUACGUAAUAACACGAAUCAUCGUGCAACGGAGGUUGUAAUGUAUGUAAGGUUUUUUCACUCUGUAAGCUUUUGAAAGGAACAAUUAAAAUCGUCUUAACGUUAA